AGAGAGGGAGAGGGAGAGGGAGGGAGAGAAUAACAGCAGCAGCCGACUUGAACACUUCCUCAAAUCCUUUAAAGAUUUUAACUCGAGGACGCCGCGGUUCCAACUCCAGCCGGUAUAAAACUCGCAACAAAACAAGAAGACAGUUUCUAACUCGCCGGAAGAGCAGGCCGGGUGAGUGGUCACCAUGGCUCCCUUCCUGCGCAUCGCCUUCAAUGCUUAUGAUGUGGGGGCACUGCCUCCUCUCUCUGCCCCGCCCAUCUGUGCCAUUAAGAUGAAGGAGUCUGUCAACACAGAGCGAGGAAAGACCUUGGUCCAGCGGAAGCCCACCAUGUACCCAGCCUGGAAUUCCACCUUCGAUGCCCACAUCUAUGAGGGGCGUGUCCUACAGGUGGUCCUCAUGCAGACCGCCGAGGAGCCACUGGCUGAGGCCACAGUGGGCGUGUCCGUGCUGGCAGAACGCUGUAAGAAGGCCAAGAACAACGGACGAGCUGAAUUCUGGGUGGACCUGCAGCCUUCUGGGAAGGUCCAGAUGGCUGUGCAGUUCUUCCUGGAAGAUUGUGAUUCAGCGGCAUGCAAGCCAUCUGUGAAGGCUGCUCAAGAGGAAGGGCUUACCACCCUCAACCGGAGGAGAGGAGCUUUCAAACAGCCCAAGGUUCACUUCAUCAGGAACCACGAGUUCACCGCCACCUUCUUUGGUCAGCCCACCUUCUGCUCCGUCUGCAGGGAGUUCCUCUGGGGGCUCAACAAGCAAGGCUACAAGUGCAGACAAUGCAAUGCAGCAAUUCACAAGAAAUGCAUCGACAAAAUCAUUGGCAAAUGCACCGGAACAGCAGCCAACAGUCGAGACACUGUGUUCCAGAAAGAGCGCUUCAAGAUUGAUAUGCCACACCGCUUCAAGUACUAUAACUAUAAAAGCCCCACCUUCUGUGACCACUGUGGCAGUCUGCUGUGGGGUCUCUACAGACAGGGCCUUAAAUGUGAAGAUUGUGGCAUGAACGUCCAUAGUUACUGUCAAAAGAAAGUAGCCAACCUGUGUGGGAUCAACCAGAAACUACUGGCAGAGGCGCUGUCUCAAGUCACUCAGAAAUCCCUGAAGAAGUCUGACAACUCCAAUGCAUCUGAUAUAGGGAUCUACCAAGACAUCCGAAGUGCAGGAGCAGACCCUAGUGCACAGGGAAAUGGGACUGUGCGCGAAAGCUCCAGCCCAAGCCCAGCCCAGCCCACGCCUACAAACCAUACCCAGCAGAGACACCUCACCAUCAACCACUUGGUGUUCCACAAAGUGCUCGGCAAAGGCAGCUUUGGCAAGGUCCUGCUGGCAGAGCUGAAGGGGAAGGGAGAGUACUUUGCAGUGAAGGCUCUGAAGAAGGAUGUGGUUCUGAUGGAUGACGAUGUGGAGUGCACCAUGGUGGAGAAGAGAGUCCUGGCCCUGGCCUGGGACAACCCCUUCCUCACACACCUCUAUUCCACCUUCCAGAGCAAAGAGCACCUGUUCUUUGUAAUGGAGUACCUGAAUGGAGGAGACCUGAUGUUCCACAUUCAGGACAAAGGCCGCUUCGAUCUCAACAGAGCCACAUUUUAUGCUGCUGAGAUAAUAGUGGGACUGCAGUUCCUCCACUCCAAGGGCAUUAUCUACAGAGAUCUGAAGCUGGACAACGUCAUGCUGGACAAGGACGGACACAUAAAGAUAGCAGACUUUGGCAUGUGCAAAGAGAACGUGUUUGGAGACACCAGAGCCACCACCUUCUGUGGGACACCAGACUAUAUCGCACCAGAGAUCCUGCUAGGACAGAAGUACACCUUCUCGGUGGACUGGUGGUCUUUUGGCGUGCUGGUCUAUGAGAUGCUGAUUGGCCAGUCGCCGUUCCAAGGUGAUGAUGAGGAUGAGCUGUUUGAGUCCAUCAGGAUGGAUGUACCUCACUACCCUCGCUGGAUCACCAAGGAGUCCAAAGACCUCCUUGAAAAGCUGUUUGAGCGAGACCCCAGUCGCAGGUUAGGUGUGGUGGGCAACAUCCGCGCACACUCCUUCUUCAAGACUGUCAACUGGCCGGUGUUGGAAAAGAGAGAGGUGGAACCCCCCUUCAAGCCCAAAGUGAAAGCCCCCAACGACUGCAGCAACUUUGACCGGGAGUUCCUGAGCGAGAAGCCGCGCCUCUCCCACGCUGACAAGAACCUCAUCGACUCCAUGGACCAGGCGGCUUUCGCUGGCUUCUCCUUCAUCAACCCCAAACUGGAACGCAUGCUAGACAAAUGAAGGGACAAAAUGGCCUCCCGAGCACAGGGUCAAAGUUCAGCACUCCUAUCCUAUUUCCUUCUUCGUGUGAUUUAAGCUCAAACUGGAUGGGUAAAAUGAAAACAGGUUCAGGCUCCUUUACCACUAUGACUCCUCCAGGCCUUUAAGGAGAUGAAAAGAUGGGAGGAUACAAGAAUGGAUACCAGGAUGUUUGCUUGGAAUGGUUGGCCGAUAAACCCUGCCUCAACUGUCUAAACGUUAACAUGUAUAAACCUCCAGGAAAUGAAGGGAGAUACUUAAGAAACCAGUGUUACAUUAAUCACUGCUGAAAGGAUAGUCAAUAGUACAAUCUUUCUUUUGUUAGUUUUCUCUUUUGUUUUCCUUGUGAUCACACCUUGAAUCUAUAGAAAUCAUAGAAUGUACUGUAGCUUGAAAUUUUAAUACGCACGAUGCCACCCUUAUUUUGUCACACACCCAUGCACAGCAACACCUGCACACAGUGGUACAGAUCCACACUAGCUCCAUGUGUGUUUUGCCUCCUGCAUCCCAUUUGCGUGUCUGUGUCUGCGUGUGUUACCACAUGCAUAUGAGUGUGUGGGUGUGUGCAGGCAUUUUUAGAUGCAAAUGGUGCUACUGUAUUUAACUAACUUCGUCUGUUGGUGAAUGAAUCCCCGGUUGAUCCCUCAGCCAGCCAGAUAUAGGUACCAGAGAGAGAUUUGUAGUAGGAAGGCAGGGCGAAUUUAAAUCCCUUUCAGUGGAAGAGAGGUGAAUUUGGCACUGAAUAGGUUUUUUUUUUCUCCACACUGACAGCACUGUCUUGGGAAACUGGAGAUGUCGCAAGCCCAGGAGGCUCACCUAUCCUCAAACAAGACAAUCUGUUUUAUAUUUAGCAUGGAUUACUUCAUGACAGUCAACAUGCUUCAUUUUGUGUGCCACUGGUGUCAAUUCUCAUGCCCUACAUCCAACUGAUGCGUAGCACAAGCAACACAUUGAAUUCCUGUUUCACCACAGUUAUUUGGUACCAUAUCAGGCGUACUGGAAGGACUUGUAGCAGUGGUAUGGUACUCUGCCUGUACAUGUACAUGUUGAAGGAUAUUAUUAUUUGUAAGAGGGAGGGGCAUGUCAACCUAAGGGUAAUGAAAUGUGUUAUAUUACUUGAAUGUAGGUAUUUUAACAUGAAAAUAAUAGUGCUGUGUAUGAAAAUUACUAUGUAUAUUACCCUGAAUUAUUGGUGAGUUAUGGGUGUACUUUUUUUACUCUCCCCAUCUUUUACAUCUGAUUAUAAAUAAAUGCAUUUAAACUU